CAACCAACUAGACUCUCUCUAGUACUCUCUCUAGUCAUCCUUCCCUUCCACCUCCGAGCACCUACCGUCUUCCACUUUUCCUUUCCCACCAAAUUCCCUUAUUGUCCAUAUUUCGCCUCAACCCGUCGGGGCUUGGACGCCGCUUUCGGUCUCUGAUUUGGACCCCUGUCACCGAACUCCUUCGCGAACGUCCCCCGUCCCCUUUUGAUUGGCCAUUGCAUUCAUCAUUUCGAGUCCAGCCAGCGUGGCCGUGGACCGUGGUGGUACGGCCUUCACACAUACAGAUGGCUCCUCGCGACCUCAGUCCACGCUACGAGUCUCUGCAGAAUCUCCCCGACGACGACGACGGAGAUCUGUCGGAUCAGGACUCCACAGCCUUGCCUCGAGACUCCCACCUUGAUUCAUCCCAGGCGGCCUCCCUAUUGGCCGGACCUGGCUCCAACAAGGCAAUCUCAUACUCCAAAGCCGACCUCUGCUCUUCCUCCUUGAGCAGCCGCUCGUUCCUGUCAGGCCAUCGUCUCACCAAAUCUUACAUUGCAUUCUGUAUCCUCGUCAUUGUUGUCAUCGUUUCUGUCGUCGGAGGAAGCGGUUAUUGGGUUUGGACCAUCGGUCAACACCAGAUCAAUGGCCAAUCCCCGCCAUGGUACCCCACCCCCUUGGGAGGCUCUGUCUCGUCCUGGGAGAAGAGCUACGAAAAAGCAAAGAUCCUCGUCGAUCGGCUGAGCCUUCUUGAGAAGGUCAACAUCACUACAGGCACAGGCUGGGCUCAAGACCUUUGUGUUGGCAAUACCGCUCCAGCCAUCUCUGCCGGGUUCCCCAGCCUGUGCCUACAAGAUGGUCCCCUUGGCAUCAGAUUUGCCGACCACGCAACCUCCUUUCCCGCUGGAAUCACGGUAGGCGCCACGUGGAAUCGCGACCUGAUGCGAAGGCGAGGGGUAGCGCAUGCCCAUCAAGCAAAACUCAAAGGAGUCAAUGUCCUUCUCGGCCCAGCCAUGGGACCACUUGGCAGAAAUCCUGCCGGGGGAAGAGUGUGGGAAGGUUUUGGUAGUGAUCCCGUUCUUCAAGCUGUCGCCGCCGCUGAAACCAUCCACGGCAUACAGUCCCAGGGAGUUAUGGCCACGGCAAAGCACCUGAUCGGCAACGAGCAAGAACACUUUCGAAAGUCUUUUGAGUGGGGGAUUCCAGAGGCGCUAUCUUCAAAUAUAGAUGACCGAACCCUGCACGAACUCUAUCUUUGGCCAUUUGCCGAAAGCGUCAGAGCUGGGGUUGCCAGCAUCAUGUGUUCUUACCAGAUGCUCAACAACUCCUAUGCUUGUGCAAACAGUAAACUCAUGAAUGGCAUUCUCAAGGAUGAGCUGGGGUUCCAAGGCUUCGUCCAGUCUGACUGGCUGGCACAACGAAGCGGCGUUGCUUCAGCACUCGCUGGCCUCGACAUGUCCAUGCCUGGUGAUGGACUGCACUGGAUAGAUGGAGCUCCACUGUUUGGGCACCACUUGACCCUCGCUGUUCUCAACGGUUCAUUACCUGUGUCAAGGCUGAAUGAUAUGGUCACGCGUAUCGUUGCAGCAUGGUAUCAAUUAGGCCAGGACUCGUGGGAUACCGAGGGCCCUAAUUUCUCUUCCUGGACGUCUGAUGAAUAUGGUGUCCCACACUUUGGCAGUUCCACCAAGCAGGAAAAAGUUAUCGUGAACAAAUUCAUCGAGACCGAAAGUGAUGACAGUAUUCAAAUCGCUCGACAAGUCGCAAGCGAAGGCCUUGUCCUGCUAAAAAACGAGAACGGUCUUCUCCCACUUGAUCCAUCCCUUGAGCAGCUAGGAGGCUCUGGUCGCAAGAAGGUGGCAAUCGUUGGCGAAGAUGCAGGUCCAGGUAAAGGGGCAAACUAUUGUGAGGACCGAGGUUGCAAUCAAGGAACCCUGGCUGUCGGAUGGGGCUCCGGUGCCACCGACUUCACCUACUUGGUUGACCCUCUCUCUGCUCUGAACAGUAGUUUUGAUCUUUCCAAGGUCGACAUCAGCACCUCUCUUACAAACAAAGUCUCUCGCAGCUUGGAGAAGACGCUUGCUGAUCAGGACUUGUGCAUCGUCUUUGGGAAUGCCGACUCGGGUGAAGGACAUCGUAUCUGGGCAUCGCAGAGGGCUGACAGAAAUGAUCUCGAGAUCCAAAAGGGUGGCGCCAAACUUAUACGCAGUGUGGCAGAUACUUGCGGAGGCCCCGUAAUUGUCGUCAUCCAUUCUGUCGGUCCCGUCAUUGUUGAAGAGUUUGUCAACAUCUCAUCUGUCAAGGCAAUCCUUUUCGCCAAUCUUCCUGGCCAGGAAAGUGGGAAUGCGCUAGCAGAUGUACUCUUCGGUCGAGUUGAUGCUUCUGGAAGAUUGCCGUACACCCUUGGCAAAAGCCUCGCGGAUUAUGGCCCUGGAGCACCUGUUCUCUACUAUCCCAACGCCUUUAUCCCGCAAGUGGAUUUUAAUGAAGGUCUCUACAUUGAUUAUCGACAUUUCGACCGCCAGGGAAUUGUCCCACGAUACCCAUUUGGCUACGGCCUGUCAUACACCUCCUUCGAGCUCUCAAAUCUCAAAGUGACUUCUCUAAAACCAAAGUCUCCACUCCCAGCGCCUCGCCCCAAGGGAAUCACGCCGCCAACAUAUGACGAAUCCCUCCCGUCCCCGAAAGAAGCACUUCUCCCCAGUGGGUUCCGGAAGCUGCGCAAAUACAUCUAUCCAUACAUCUCCACCGUGGAUGAAGUACGAAACGAGCCAUACCCCUAUCCUGAUGGCUAUGCCCAAACUCAAGAACCGAGCCAGGCUGGAGGAUCUGAAGGCGGAAAUCCUUCUCUCUUCGACAGUCAUGCUCAUGUCCAGAUUCGCGUGACCAACACGGGCAGUCGCAAGGGAAAGGAAGUUGUCCAACUAUAUGUGGGCUUCCCACCCUCCAUUGUCGAGACAACUACAGGAGAGGCGAUUGAUACUCCAGUCAAAGUGUUACGCAACUUCACCAAAAUCGAGCUUGAACCAGGCUCUUCUGAGCUUGUCAAUCUUACAUUAACGAGGAAAGACCUGAGCUACUGGUCAGCCGUCCAGCAGAACUGGGUUAUGCCGGAUGGCCCCUUUACCUUGUCGGUCGGCCGGAACUCGGGAGAUCUGUCUUUACAAGGAACCUACUAAUUGACAUCAUGCGACCAUGGGACCGUGAGACGACGAUUUCUUCGGACUAGUUGAGUCACGUGAUUGUGAUUGCUUGGUUGACUUCACCUGCUUGACGGGUAUCAACAUAGGAGCGUACGGACUUAGCGACAUAUUUCAUUGGUCUGCGCCGGCUUACUCGACAGUUAGGUGUAAGUCUGCAUCUGAUGACCUCGGAUAUCAUGAAUCAGCCACUUCUCACCAUUGCAGCAUCUUACCGAGGAGGGAAUUUGAGAACGACUACUUCCCCGCUUCUCCACAAGACAUCGGCCCAGAUGGCCCGCGGUGAUGACUGUGAUUGGCUUGUGCGGAGUUGGACGUGCUGGAUGUUCCACUCCGUGCGUAAUUGAUCAAGUCUUAGACUACCAGGCGUACCGCGCUGCGAAGCGCGCUGAGUCGUUACAUUCAGGAGGGGUCUGUGUGGGCUCUCAGUGGAUGAUUAUGGCUGAUCGGGUUAAUGACAACGUGUACCAAGGGAUUCGUUUCUUUUCUUUUAGCAGGUGAUACUAGGAACGCCGUACUAAAUAGCUCGUUUGAAUACAGCCCAGACCUAGAUCGAGAAUUGAUAUUAAACUUUGGCAACGC